AUGCGUUGGGCAAUCUUUAGCAUCAUCCUGGGACUCGCAGCAACUUCCAAGGGUGAAACGUUACUGUACCGCAAUACUUUUAACGACACCUCAGCACUCCAUGGAUGGGUCGCCGAAGGUCCGGUUAACGCCACUGUGUCAAACAACACCCUCACGCUCGCGGGAGCCGGCGGUCCAGACGACUACUUUGUAUAUUGGUUACCUGAAGUAUUCCCCGAUCGGAUUCGCAUCGCAUGGGAAUUUCAACCUAUCCAGGAGCCCGGACUAGCCAUGUUCUUCUUCGGCGCAACAUCCGUCGACGGCGGAAGUAUCUUCGACCCAUCACUAAAACCACGCAACGGUUCAUAUCCACAAUAUCAUUCUAGCGACAUCCGCCUCCUUCAUGCUUCCUACUUCCGCCGCCGUUGGCCUGAAGAGCGCAACUUCCAUGUCGCGAAUUUGCGAAAGAGUCCAGGUUUUCAUCUAGUGGCACAGGGCGCAGAUCCAAUCCCAUCAGUCGAGGAUGUGCAAGGAGCGUACUAUAAGAUUGAGGUUGUCAAAGAUAAGCGCGAAGUCACUUUCAAAGUAAACGAUCUACUGCUGUUUUCUUUCGACGACACAAAGUCAGAUACUGGACCCGUGGUCAGGGGCCGGAGGAUUGCGCUGCGCGGCAUGCAGCCGCUGAUAGCGAACUACCGCAACCUUGAAGUGUGGAAGCUAUGA